AUGACGGAUAGGAUACACCGCUUGUCCAAUGGUGCUGCACGCGUUGGUACUGACAUUAUCCACGAUGCCACCACUCCGGUUUAUUCUGGCAGGGAUAAGAUAAUUCAGAAAAACGCCGUCUUUUUCAACCACCUCAUGGCUCGUCGCAGCUACCAGGCUGGCGUGACUUUACAGACGCCAGGAUCCCUUGUCGAUACAAAGUCCCCACAAAGGAUACGUGUUGAGAGAGACGUGUUGUGUUGA